ACCAGUGUUCCCCAUUUGGUGCCCACAGCUUCUUUCUCUCAGAAUGUCGAUCGGCGUCCCAAUCAAGGUCCUGCAUGAGGCGGAGGGACACAUCGUCACUUGUGAAACCAACACGGGGGAGGUGUACCGCGGCAAGCUGAUUGAGGCCGAGGACAACAUGAACUGCCAGAUGUCAAACAUCACAGUCACGUACAGAGACGGACGAGUCGCCCAGCUGGAGCAGGUUUACAUCCGCGGGAGCAAAAUCCGCUUCCUGAUCUUGCCGGACAUGCUGAAGAACGCCCCGAUGUUGAAAAGCAUGAAGAAUAAAAACCAGGGCUCCGGGGCUGGCCGAGGGAAAGCAGCCAUUCUGAAGGCCCAGGUGGCUGCCAGAGGAAGAGGACGUGGGAUGGGCAGGGGCAAUAUUUUCCAGAAACGAAGAUAAUCUCCUCUGAGGAACCGAACUCUCUACUUGUUGUCCGAUUUGAGGGCUUGGAGCUCUGUCUUGGGGUGUCAGAUCUCCUCUAGGUGAGGGAGGGGCAGGAGGCUCACCAGGCAAAUAAAAGGUGUUUUGGAGUACCCGA